UCUGAAUACGUAUGGCCCUUUUGUAGGUAUGUAGUUAGGACUUGGCCUGGAAGAAUCAAAUGAAAUACGAACAACCGCGCUGGUCGUAAUAGAUCAACUUUCAUGCUCCAGCGUGAAAGUUCCAUUUCAGGGAAGGACGACGUACUAUGAUACUUUCUGUUUUGUCGAGCCUUGCUUUGGUCUCUGCUUUGAUGGUUGUACGUGCUAAAAAUCCGGUACAUUCCGUUUCGUUUUCCAUCCCAGUCUUUCGCAACACUUCAGGUUUACUUCUUUUGUUAGGUCUCGACUUUUUCGCUAUGAUCUUCCCAGUAGUUUAUAUAGGAGCUAUAGCCGUUUCAUUCCUAUUCGUUGUUAUGAUGUUCCAUAUUCAAAUAGCGGAGAUUCACGAAGAAGUAUUGCGCUAUUUACCAGUGAGUGGUAUUAUUGGACUGAUCUUUUGGUGGGAAAUGUUCUUCAUUUUAGAUAAUGAAAGCAUUCCAUUACUACCAACCCAAAGAAAUACGACCUCUCUGAGAUAUAUGGUUUAUGCCGGAAAGGUACGAAGUUGGACUAAUUUGGAAACAUUGGGCAAUUUACUUUAUACUUACUAUUCCGUCUGGUUUUUGGUUCCUAGUCUGAUUUUAUUAGUAGCCAUGAUUGGGGCUAUAGUACUGACUAUGCAUAGGACUACUAAGGUGAAAAGACAGGAUGUAUUCCGACGAAAUGCUAUUGAUUCUAGGAGGACUAUAAUGAGGAGGACGACAGACCCAUCACGAUCGACUAAACGGAGAAGUCGCGCCGAAGGGAGCAUAUUGGUUCGAAUCCAAUUCGUGAGAAGAGUCCAGAGUGUGCUCUCAACUCGACUUGCUGCUGCAUUAGCUACACGAAAAUAAAUAUACAAAGCAUAGCUUGACUCCUUAUAGAGCAUAGCACUGGCCAAUCUCUAUACCUAAGAGUUGUUACAACCUUAGCGAAGGAAACGUUUCAUGUUCCUGGGGCUACCUUUCUUAGAUGAAACCAGGAAGUGCCGGAGAACAACAAAAGAAUCGAAUCCAUGGGCGUGCCACAGCUAUUAUUUCAAAAGCUCGGAAAUUACUUCUGGGAACAGCCAGAAGAUAGAAAGACCAGUGCCUGGCCUGCUACUGCUUCGGAUGGAUAAUACGACGUUACUACUCUCCUUCUUGCUUGCCAUUUCCUUUUUAAAGCUGCUCAUUCUUCAACCCCAGGAUGUGAUGACCUAUUCUAUCUUAACUUUAGCUACUCAGAAAAACCUAAACGAUGGAUGUUUUUCCCCCGUCUUCCCAAACCAAUUUACCUAUUUGAGAUGUCUCCAUCUCCAUGUGUGGCGUGAUAAGAUAAGGACCACUAGGGGCCCGGUUUGUCCUUCUUCCCGCAAGAACCCUAACCCUUCAUUCUAUUCCAUACAGCCUUGGUAGGACAUCUAUUUCUCAAUUCCAUAAACCGGUAAGCUCCAUUUUUUUAUAGGACCUGAAGGCUAGGCUAAACCUCUCUCAAAGGGAUUCCUGAGCGGAACUCUUUUUAAAAUAACUGGCGAUAUUCCCUUAACUGCAGAUUCAAUAGCACCGAUUAUGAACCCGGAAAGAGAAGAGCACCGUCUACUCAUACUGUCACACCGGCCGGCAACGACUUUCACUUUCUAAAUAGAAAGGAAGAGGUCAGUCACCAACAGGAGGAGGAUAUGAAAGAGAGUCCCAAUUGGCCCAAUGCCGGUUCGACAAGAAGAAGCAGAAUAUAGAGCUCGAAACCCGGUUUUCUUUCUUUUUUCUGGAUGAGAUCCAAAUCCAAUCCCGACAUCAGGAGCAGCUCAAGCAACCUCUAUUACUAAGAGGAAUCACGGGUUCGCUCGGGUCAGUUGGAAAACCCCAGCCUUUGUCCUUCACCACAAAACAAAUAAUGGAAUGGUAAGCCAACUAAUUGACGACUAUACAAGCUGUAUACCGGUCGAUAGACCGAUGAGACCUCUGUUUGAUCUUCCUGAAACUAGAAGAGAAGGAAGAAAAAAGUCAAGUGAAAGAAGCUCACAUACCUGCUCUUCUUUCCCACUCCAAUUCGUUCUUUCUUUGGAGUGGCCUCGUCCUCUUGGUAAGAAGACUACUACACUAGAUCACCUGGUGCUCACAAAAAGAAAAGCAAAAAGACAAAGAUAAGGGAGGUAGAAGCUUCUAGGUGGUGGAAAAAGCGCUAAUAAACUUACAUCAUGUUACUUAAACGUUAUGCUUAACACAUGAAAAUCUAACAUUUCUAAAACGAAGUAGAGUUGCAUUUCUUCCAAAGAAAGCUUACUAAGUUUACUUAGAUAGUGCACGAAGACAUGAAUAGCAUGCAUACGCAAAAGAAAGGGCUAAGAUAAUUGACUGGGCUUGCGAUCGAGGAACUGCUAAUAAGCAUGUAAUGCAUUCAACAAAGGAUUACCUCUUUAGGUUUGGGGUCUACUAAAGCUUUUUUAUUCAUAUGUUAUUCCAUCCUUCACUGACAUAAAUUGCCGCUUUUGAGCCCAUUGGAAGUAAACCAAUGGAGAUAUCUUUAUCUGAUUCAACACCUAAAAUCUUUAUCCUACACCUAAAUAUAGCUAAAAAGUAAAGCGAAAGAAGCCCACUAUCCCACUCUUCUUUCUCCCCCUAGCGACAGGGGGCCUCGCCUAGACUAAAGGCUACAUUGAAUUCCGAUCUAGAUAAAAGUAAAGCCGCUGCCCAGCUCUACCUUUAUGUAUGCCGGAAUCGACCAAACGGAACUAGUCAGAACGGGAUUUCACACCUGGCGAAUCUUUCACUCUACCUCCUCUUAUUAAGACCAUAGAAUGUUCCUGCAAAUUAUGACCUUCGCCUGGAAUGUGAGCAAAUAUAUCAUGUCGAUUGCUCAACCCUCAAGCAACCCCAGGAAUAGGAGGAAUAAGAGAAAGAAUCUGGAGAAAGUAGGGACUUAAGGGCCCUAAAGUUUCCAGGCUUUCAAAUAUUGCUACCAGUCUUUCAAGAUUGUCUGGGUCUCCUUCGACCAAUUUCUGGACUAAAUCGCAAGAUUUCGUGCCACGGGGGAGUUGGGUCCCUCGUUCUUCAAGGAGUGGUUGUAUGAAUCGCUGGUUAAUCUGCUCCUUCAAUGUAUCUCCAAUAUUUUAAUUCACGUGCGCCUUAUAAUUUUCAUGGUUAAGCCCCCUUGUUACACGGGCCGCUCGAAAAAGAAAGAGUAUAAAUACAGGCGCAGGUACUAGAAAGCAAAAUUUAGGCAUUAUUUCCAAAAUAUAGGCCAAAACUUCGUUAGACAUUGCGCGUGUAGAACACUGACUAGAGGAGCAGAGCAGCAAGAGCAUCCAGUGAUUUUAUCAAUAGUAGGGACAGAACCACACUACAGGCAGAAAACAGCAUAAGAAAGAGAAUAAGUAUACUAGAGAGCUGGAAAGAAACUUAUCUAAGCACUAAAAACAAAGCUGAAAUAAGGAAUGGGAGAAGCCAUAGUGCAGAUCACCUUUCACUUUCUCUAGAGUCCAGCCCUUGGCCUUGGUUCUAUCAGCUAUGGAGUCUUCCUCUUGUUCUUCCCUUCUCUAGUACAGAUCCAACCACAGGAUCUCUGUAUGUAUGCGCUGAUGAGCUAUACCUCCCGGACGAAACACUUCUCAACCCUGUAGAUGUAUAUAUAUAUAAGUUUGAGUUCUGGACGUCUUGGUAUUGGAUCCGCUCUUCUGUUAGCAUAAACAUGAAUUAGAUUCUAUUCGUCUUCUUUAUUCUUAAGAGAAACCCCCCACCCGAACCAUUCUUAAGACCACCAAGCCCUCUCGAAUGAGUUCUACUAUAGAAGCUUUCAACGUAGACCCGGGGACAAAUCUUUCACUCACUGAGAAGUGAAAACCUGUGACUAGAUCGUCCUGAAGACGGAUGCGACGGGAAGAAGUGGCAUUUGGAAGUGUUGCUGACUUAACAUUUAGGUUUCGGCAUAACAAAGCUUGCACUGUCUUUUCGCACUUAGGCGCACAGCGUGCCAUUGGUAAUGAUUCUACUACGGUGCCACAAAUUCGCAAGCUGAUCCUAAGUAAUCGUUGUUGUUCAUUGGAUUCCGGAGGAACUACUUCGUUAGGAUUGGGGAAUUGCUGCGAUUCUUCCUGAAUAGCCUGGAUUCUCCCGUCGAGAGUCACUUUGAAAGUCUUACCUAAACUCUUCCGACUGAAUAUGAUAAAGCCUAUAAAACAACGAGCUACUAUCAUUUCUUCAUUAUAGAUUGAGAUCUUCUUCGAACUUGAUGCACAAAUAGAUGGAAUAGCAGCAAAUAGCAUCUUUCUAGCCUGCAUAUUCGUGGAAAUCAAUCUCAUUUAGAAAGCCUUAUCUCUAUCUUUCAGCAACUGAACGGGAAGUGGUUUAGGAAAGGACUUUAGAAUCGGAUGCGCUCGCCCAGCGAGAAAGGCCCUGACCCUGCCAACCAAGUCAAAAUCAAAAAGAAAGAAGAGAACAAAGGAGAGUGAAAGCCCUUCUAGGGAUAUGGAAAGAAUGAAGUAAUGAAAGAGGAAGUCAUCGGCAACCCCUCAACCUUUGGAUUUCCUCCACCAAUUGCUGCAAAAGUAAAGGGUUCGCCCUUUACUUUUUUGGAUAUGAAAAGGCAAAGUUCUCGCUGAAAUAAUUAGGAUUUUCUCUUUGAACUCGUCCCGGAAUGGGCAUUAUGGCAAAGAACAAGAAGAAGACAAAAGGAGAAAUUUGCCCAAUAGUCACAAAUGGUGCCUCCACAGGUUGACAUCCGAUCCAACCUAGUAGUAAGCGAUCCGCCAAAAACAACAAAUAUAUUAUAUGGUAAAUCGGGCGAAAUUUUGCACUACGUACAUACAUACUUUGAUUUAAAAAGGGUAAAGCCAGCAGACAUAUAAAAACUGGUGCUAUUGCGGCUACACCUCCCGCUUUGUCAGGUAUACUACGAAGAAUGGCAUGGAUCGGUAGGAAAUACCAUUCCGGCACAAUAUGAGGCGGGGUGGGCAUCGGAUUAGCGGGUAUAUAAUUGUCGGGAUGCCCCAAAACAUUAGGAGC